AUGCGAGAGCUACCCGCCCAGGCCGGAUUUCGUCGUCCGUCUCGUCAGGUCUAUGUUCUCGGCCCUCCGCGACCGCCCAAUGAUCUUGAUGAUCGAAGUUCCGCCACCCGGAAGAUUCAGCCAGGAAUUGCUCCACGGCGUGGAGCUGGUUCCGUAGCGGAGAUGUCGAGUGGCCCGUUUUGUCACAGCGUUAUGGGUCCAUCUGUGAUUGCUUUGCUCUGCAUUGCUUUAAUUAAUUCUGUUACGUGUAAGUCGUGUUCGGCACCGAGUGAGUCUGACUUCGCUGAAGAUGCCGCGAAGAGUUCCUAUCACAAUGAUGACGCUUCAUCCACGGAUGGAAGCAAUGAAUUAGUCCUGCGUGGAGCUAUUCUCGGGUUCUAUUCGUCGGACGGCAACUUCACUUUAACCCAAGCAGCAUCGACAUUGGAUGUUGAGAAGGAGUCGAAAAUAUCGCAGUAUUUGCACCUUUCACAAGCAACCACAAUCAAAUCGGGUGGUACGCGGGUGUUGUGGAAUUUUCUGGAGGGAUAUGAUGCGAUAGUUUUGGCGAAUAUAGGCGAACAAAACCGAACAAUCGAUGAAGAAGAGCAGAUAGAUCCUCAGAGAGAAGCAGUUCGAAAAUUAAUCGCAAAUGCUUUCAAGUCGUUAUGGGAUGCUGGAAGCCGAUCUUUCAGCCAUAUUGACUUGGAUACCAUGGGCGAUCCCGAAGCAGCUGCAGAGAGUAUUUAUCUGGUGACGUGGGUUUUCAACGAGUUCAAGAAAUCCAAGACUGGUAAACCAGAAGUGUCGCCUUUAAAUCUUGAUGCCUUAACGUCCGUUCUUCUUGUUAAUACCUUGGCCCCGGAUCAGCGACGACUCCGUCAAAACUUUGCUCGUUACCUGACGGAAAUGCCUGCAAGCCUGAUGACCCCCACAGCGAUUGGCGAAGAAGCUAAGAAAAUGCUCGACCCCCUCGGUGUCCAGGUUGCUUGUUACAAUCGUUCUUGGAUAGAAGCGGAGAAAAUGGGCAGUUUCCUGAGCGUCGCUGCAGGGAAUCCAACGCAACCUCCCGUGUUUCUAGAGAUGAUUUACACGGGCGAUGAGUCAGAAAAUCCUCCAAUAGUCCUCGUUGCGAUUGGCGAAGAAGCUAAGAAAAUGCUCGACCCCCUCGGUGUCCAGGUUGCUUGUUACAAUCGUUCUUGGAUAGAAGCGGAGAAAAUGGGCAGUUUCCUGAGCGUCGCUGCAGGGAAUCCAACGCAACCUCCCGUGUUUCUAGAGAUGAUUUACACGGGCGAUGAGUCAGAAAAUCCUCCAAUAGUCCUCGUUGGUAAAGGCAUAACUUACGAUUCCGGCGGCGUGUCACUAAAGACUCCGGGACACAGUAUGAUGUGGAUGCGCGGCGACAUGGCCGGCGGUGCAGUGGUUAUUGGAACCAUCAAAGCCAUCGCCAAACUGAAGCUUCGCGUCAAUGUGGUUGGUCUCGUCCCACUGACCGAGAAUAUGAUUGGUGGGACAGCUACCAAAGUCAUGGACGUUGUCACGGCCAAGGAUGGUCAGACCAUUGAAAUCGUGAAUACGGAUGCAGAAGGAAGGCUCGUUCUUGCCGACGCUUUAGUGUACGCAGGGAAGUUCAACCCCAAGGUCUUGGUCGACCUUGCGACACUCACUGGUGGUAUCAUAAGCGCACUCGCUUCGUCUGCAACUGGAACGUUCGCUACCCACACCAGAGAGUGGAAUGCAAUGCUGCGCGCGAGUAUUUCAACCGGAGACAGAGUGUGGAGGAUGCCAUUAUGGGAUUACUACAGAAAUGAUGUCGCGGGUGGGCAUUUGGCUGAUUUGAUGAAUUUUGAAACUCCGGGCGCUGGUGGAAUGGCCAAUAUCGCUGCAGCUUUCUUGAGGGAAUUUGUUCCAAAAAAUACCUCAUGGAUUCAUAUGGAUAUCGCGAACGUAAUGCGGGUAAAGUCUUCGGCGGAUGCACCUUACUACACAAAGGGAUUCACGGGAAGACCUGCUCGCCCGUUUUGUCACAACGAUAUGGGUCCAUCUGUGAUUGCUUUGCUCUGCUUUGGUUUAAUUAAUUCUGUUACUUGUAAAUCGUGUUCGGCACCGAGUAAGUCUGACUUCACUGAAGAUGCCGCGAAGAGUUCCUAUCGCAAUGAUGACGCUUCAUCCACGGAUGGAAGCAAUGAAUUAAUCCUGCGUGGAGCUAUUCUUGGGUUCUAUUCGUCGGGCGGCAACUUCACUUUAACCCAAGCAGCAUCGCUUUUGGAUGUUGAGAAGGAGUCGAAAAUAUCGCAGUAUUUGCACCUCGCACAAGCAACCACAAUCAAAUUUGGUGGUACGCGGGUGUUGUGGAAUUUUCUGGAGGGAUAUGAUGCGAUAGUUUUGGCGAAUAUAGGCGAACAAAACCGAACAAUCGAUGAAGAGGAGCAGAUAGAUCCUCAGAGAGAAGCUGUUCGAAAAUUAAUCGCAAGUAAAGGCAUAACCUACGAUUCUGGCGGCGUGUCACUGAAGAUACCGAGCGAAAGCAUGAUGUGGAUGCGCGGCGACAUGGCCGGCGGUGCAGUGGUUAUUGGAACCAUCAAAGCCAUCGCCGAACUGAAGCUUCGCGUCAACGUAGUUGGUCUCGUCCCACUGACCGAGAAUAUGAUUGGUGGGACAGCUACCAAAGUCAUGGACGUUGUCACGGCCAAGGAUGGUCAGACCAUUGAAAUCACAAAUACGGAUGCAGAAGGAAGGCUCGUUCUUGCCGACGCUUUGGUGUACGCUGGGAAGUUCAACCCCAAGGUCUUGGUCGACCUUGCGACACUCACUGGUGGUAUCGUAAAAGCACUUGCUUCGUCUGCAACUGGAACGUUUGCUACCCACACCAGAGAGUGGAAUGCAAUGCUGCGCGCGAGUAUUUCGACGGGAGACAGAGUGUGGAGGAUGCCACUAUGGGAUUUCUACAGAAAUGAUGUCGCGGGAAUUUGUUCCAAAGAAUACCUCUUGGAUUCAUAUGGAUAUCGCAAACGUCAUGCGGGUGAAGUCUUCGGCGGAUGCACCUUACAUUACAAAGGGAUUCACCGGAAGACCUGCUCGCACCUUGAUUCGCUUUAUUAUGGAUCACGAAUAAUGCUGAUUCCCGGCUCGAUUCCUGUUGUUCCGCUCAAUAGUGGGUCGAGACUCGGUGCGCAGGUUCAUCCGUCUCCUCUCAUUCCUGUUCCGGUUUCUUGGAUUCAUAUGGAUAUCGCAAACGUCAUGCGGGUGAAGUCUUCGGCGGAUGCACCUUACAUUACAAAGGGAUUCACCGGAAGACCUGCUCGCACCUUGAUUCGCUUUAUUAUGGAUCACGAAUAA